AUGCUCCCCAACACACUUACGGCGUUCCUCCAAGUGCUCCCUAAGCUCUCCAAGCCACUAGGCAGUGGCAACUACGCCGCAGCCGAGAUGACACUCGUCAUGAAACGUGGCGCGAUGAGCUCCAGCGCUGAUACCAUAAUCAUGGACAUGGACAGCGUCCCCCGGCUCCUUCUCGUGCGCCGGCGCUCUCUCUACGGCCAAGACCGCCGCGACGUGACCGAUGCCAAAGGAGCCGUUCUGUACUCGCUCGCCGAGAAUCACCUCACUUUCGGUCGCGGGAUCGUGGGCAGCGAUCGUGGGCGUGCCGUCCGUUUAGGUGUCAAGCGCAUGUGGGCCGCAUCAACUUCCGCGAAGGUCAUCACUGCCAAGGUCGAGCACAACGGUGUCCCCCACAGCCUCCUCCUACAAGGUAGCAUGGAUAGCGCCACGGUCAUCCUCGAGGAUGGCUCACCAGUCGCCCGCAUCAGAACCUAUUGCAAUGGAUUCUCCGCCCCACGAGGCUCGGUCUGCCUGACGAUCGCGCCUGGCGUCGACAUUGGCCUCGCUGCCGCUCUCGCCCUGUGCUUCGACGAGUGCAGCUGGUGCUAG